ACACGCUCAUAUUCGGCUGCGUUAUCUUCUAUCAGUGUUGAUCGCGCGCAUCGGCACAAAUCCGACCUGUUCGUCAUGGAUUCACCAAAAGAGCCUUCGGCACCAGCUGAGACUACCAACAACCUACGAAACUUCGAGCUUCCGGGAUGGAAUCCGCCCGUUCAAGUCACACACCCUCCCGGCAUCACUCGGGACCAGAUUCUGAACUUCGGUGGCUUCGACACAUGGAGCAAAACUCUUCAAUCAUCCAUCAAACGACAAAAGUUCAGCGAUCACGAGUUCCAUAAAGAGCCUUACAGCCUCAAAUCCAUAGAGAUCCAGAGUUACGACAUGAUUGGCAAGGAAGAGAAACGACGCCCUCUCUUCAUCAAACUAUUCGCAAAAGUGGAGAACGAUGAAGGCGGGUCGCUGCCGGGUGUGGUUUUCCUGCGCGGAGGAAGCGUCACUGUCCUCAUCAUUGUUCGGCCCAGCGAUUCUCUCGAUGAGCGUUAUGUGAUCAUGACCGAGCAACCUCGUAUCCCCGCGGGGAGUCUGGGCUUUUUGGAGAUCCCAGCCGGUAUGAUCGACCCUUCGGAUGAUAGUUUUGGGGGUGCUGCCGCGCGGGAACUCGAAGAAGAGGUGGGACUCAAGUUGAAGAAGGAGGAUUUAAUUGACAUGACCGAGCUCGCGCUUCGAGGUCACAGUACAGAGGAGAGAUUGGAAGAUGCGAUGUACCCAAGCCCUGGGGGCUGUGAUGAAUACAUUAGUAUUUAUCUGUGGGAGAGAGAUAUGGACAGGAUGCAGAUUGAUGGCUUGAGGGGAAGGCUCGGGGGUGAGCGCGGCGAGCAAGAGAAGAUUCGUGUUAGGCUUCUCAACUACGAGAAACUGUUACACGUAGGCACAAGGGAUGGAAAGACACUGGCAGCAUGGGGCUUGUAUGAGUAUUUGAAGAGAACGAGGCAGAUCAAAUAG